AUGAUUGUCGCCGUUAUUUUCGGGUAUCUGCCAAUUAUAGGCGUCUAUAUCCUCACUAUGCUUGGUCUGGGACACGAGGAAAUGGGACGCUUCUAUUUAAACUAUUCAAUCGGUGGCUUUACGGUGGUCGAGUCGAUUCCCCUCAUCUGUUUUCUCAGAAAACAGAAAGGAAGAAGUAUCGCAAGAGUCUCAGUAAUUGGACGAGAGGAAGAAUCAAAAUGA